AUGGCGAAAGGGGUCGAGUUGGCUCAGUGUUCGGAACUCGUGGAUCGGCUCAGCUCGCUGCCUGAUGACAUCCUUAUUGACAACAUCCUGCCAGUUUUCCCAAUGAAAGAAGCAGCGAGAACCAGCAUCCUGGCACGCAGAUGGAGAUUCCUCUGGCCCCGUGUUCGCUUCUUGGAUUUGGAUUUCGACGCCUCUAAAAAGGUUGCGGCAUGCCCUCUUCUUGAUAGGGAUAGCCGAAGAGAAUUCUUCCGCUACGGCGGCAGAGCAGCUUCCGAUUACUUCGACUGGGUGGAUCGAGUCGUCCUUUUUCACAGUAGGCGCUCGAAUUCUCUGCGUCACUUCCGUAUUCGCUUUCUCUUGGAUGAGAGCUUCUCCCAGGAUAUCGACUCCUGGCUUAUGUUCUCCCUAGAAAAGGGAGUGGAGGUGCUUGAGCUCGACUCCUGUCGAAGAUUGCUCAUCGACAGGGAUCCCCCCUGCAGGUUCCCCUCCAUUCAGCCCCGUCUACUUCCCAAGCUUAGAUUACUGAAAUCGCUCUCCCUGACUGAUGUAUCCAUAAAUAAUGAUUCUCUGGAGCAUCUGUUGCUGGGGUGCGAGUUCCUCGAGAGACUGCACCUUCGCUGUUUGAAGCCUUUAACCGCGGUCAACGUCACCGGUCCCGUAUCGAGGCUGAAAUACAUAGACCUGUCCCAUUGCAUUUGUGUGCGUUCAAUCAUGAUAUCAGCCCCUACGCCUGACCUUGUGUCAUUCACGUACAGUUAUUGGGCAAAUCCUCACCUGCAUGUUGAGCUUGCACCUCGACUUGUUGAUCUGUUCAUCGCCAGCAGUUACGAUCUUUUUGCUCACCCACUCUCUCGCUUUGUUUCCCAUCUCCAGACCCUUCACCUGCACAUAGAAUUUUGGCACUUGGUAGAAACGUACUUGCCUCGUUUUCCCGACCUAAGCGGUCUGAAACACCUGAAGUUGUCACUAACUUGGCUUAAAUAUGAUCGAGAGGACCUCCAUGGUCUGACUUCCCUGAUAAAGGCAGCCCCAUCCGUGCAACACCUAACACUGGUGACGGGAACUAGACCCAGCAAAGAGCUAAAGAUCAGCAAUGAAUUUUCCAACUUGGAUCUUCAGUUUCUACGGGUGAUCGAGAUAGUAGGGUUUCGAGGUCUGGAGGUGGAGCGCGAGCUCGCUGUGCACCUGAUUAAAUGUGUUACAUCACUUGAGAAGCUUAUCAUUGAUUGCCGGCUCCCAUUCUUAUUGGGAAGCAUUAUCGACGAGUACGGUGUUGCAAAGGAAGAGAUAGAAGAGCUGAGAAGAAAUGCCUUAGAGCUCAAGCAAGCGCUGAAGCUAGUUGUAAUCUAA